AUGGCACAACAAGCGCCCCAAGCCAAAGAAGAGGUACCAGCAUCUCGAUGCUGGCUCAACGCAACCCUGCCUCUAGACCGGCUUCGAGGCCUUCUCCCCGCACCCCUUGUUAAGCCUGCGAAUGUCGACCUCGACACCGACCCUAUUCCCAGAACGAAUGUUGACCGCCGUCGAGCCUCAACCGUCGCCGCUUCCCUCGAUCAAGAUGAGACUCUUCAAGAGAAGAUCUCCACGCAGCAGGAACACGGGAUUGGCGUGUCGGAAACUGUCGUCAAGGAUGAGACAGUUCUCUACCUUGCAUACGGGUCAAACUUAGCUUCUAAGACUUUCCGCGGAGUGCGCGGCAUCAAACCACUCUCGCAAAUCUCGGUGCUUGUCCCCGAACUUCGUCUCACCUUCGAUCUUCCGGGAAUCCCGUACGCAGAGCCCUGUUUCGCAGGCACACAAUACAGAAAUAUACAUCCUCCAAUAUACGAUGAGACUGAUUUGUCAGACAGUGAGUAUCUGUCAGAGAAGGCAGCGCUCAUGGGUCAGACACGGCAGGUGGAGGUAGUCUCGGAUUGUGACAAGCGUCGAUGGCACAAACCUCUAGUCGGAGUCGUCUACGAGGUUACACUAGCCGACUACGCGAAGAUUAUCGCCACAGAGGGCGGUGGUCGUGGAUACCGCGACUGUAUCAUCGAUUGUCAUCCCUUCCCUCAAUCCUACAACUCCUCCGACCCCGUCCCAGAUUACCCCACGACACCAUCUUUCAAGGCACGCACCCUGCUCUCACCAGCUGCGGACAAUGAUCGCAUUAAAUCGCAAUCCCAGAAAGGCGAUGUCACAGCGGCGCUACUGCCCAGUGGUCCAAUGCUGUCGUGGUGGUAUACCGUCUGCUUGCAUUUCCGGCCGGAUCCUAAUUACGCCCAGCCCUCUGCCCGCUACCUUGGGUUGAUCAAGACUGGCGCUGCAGAACAUGGUCUGCCUGUUUCAUAUCAAGAAUAUCUUGCGCAGAUCAAAACUUAUCAUAUUACAACUACGCGUCAGAAGAUCGGGAAGGUGAUCUUCCUGGCUCUGUGGGCGCCUUGGUUGAUUUUGAUUUUGGGAUUAUCAAGGAUAUUCGCAGGUCCCGACGGUCGUAUUCCGCCAUGGCUGGUGGCUCUGGCUAAUAUCGCAUUUUCGGGGGUGUGGAAUAGCUAUGAUUGUUUCUUUGCUCCUGUCUUUGGGGAUGGCGAGCGGAGUCUAGAUGAUGUCUAG